UGACAUGCUCCAAACAAAGCUAAAACUGCAUGUUUAUAUAUCCAAGUAAAUUUUUCUUUUUCCCCCUCAAACCAGAACCCAGUGAGCAAGAACCCAAGGGCGCAAAGCCAGUGAAAUUUUAUCAAGAAAAAUAUGAUUCAAGAAAGGCCAACUGCUCUAAUAUUCACAGUAAUACCUCUUGCAAUCCUCGCCUUCACAACACUAACCCUAACAACCUCUGCAACUUCUGGGGAUGCCACCCUACAGGACCCAACAAUUCUCCAAGUCACAGAUGAUCCUUCUGUUACCCUUAGCAAUAGAAAGUUUCUGGGUACAAAUACAGAAGAGAAUUUCAAGAUGUUCAUGAUCAAGUACGAUAAAGAAUAUGAUACUAGGGAGGAGUACAUGCACCGCCUUGGUGUUUUCGCCAAGAACCUCAUCAGAGCAGCUGAGCAUCAGGUGCUGGACCCCACGGCCGUCCACGGGAUUACACCUUUCAUGGAUUUGACGGAGGAGGAAUUCGAAAGAAUGUAUACUGGUGUUGUUGGAGGUGGUGCGGUGGGUGCAGAGGGUGUAACUGCAACAUCCUUUUUGGAGACUGCUGGGUUGCCUUCGAGCUUUGACUGGAGGAAGAAGGGAGCUGUUACUGAUGUGAAGAUGCAGGGUGCAUGUGGAUCAUGCUGGGCUUUCAGUACUACUGGAGCUAUUGAAGGAGCCAAUUUUAUUGCAACAGGAAAGCUUCUCAAUCUUAGUGAGCAACAAUUGGUGGACUGUGAUAGAGUGUGUGACAUAAAAGAGAAGACUGCUUGCGAUGAUGGUUGCGGUGGAGGUCUCAUGACUAAUGCCUACAGGUAUUUGAUAGAGGCUGGAGGGUUAGAAGAUGAGAUUUCAUAUCCUUAUACAGGGAAACCCGGGAAAUGCAAAUUUGACGAGAAGAAAAUAGCUGUACGAGUUGUGAAUUUUACCAGUAUCCCUAUUGAUGAGAACCAAAUUGCAGCACAUUUGGUCCAUCAUGGACCUCUAGCAAUUGGAUUGAAUGCAGUCUUUAUGCAAACUUAUAUAGGAGGUGUCUCAUGUCCGCUUAUUUGCGGCAAGAAAUGGAUCAACCAUGGAGUUCUGCUUGUUGGGUAUGGUGCUAAAGGGUUCUCCAUUCUUAGACUUGGCUACAAGCCAUAUUGGAUCAUUAAGAAUUCGUGGGGAAAACGAUGGGGAGAAGAGGGAUAUUAUCGCAUUUGCAAGGGGUAUGGCAUGUGUGGAAUGGAUAGAAUGGUCUCCGCAGUGGUAACUCAAGUCUCCUGAAUCUUUGCCUCGGCCAGUUGAAUAAAAAGGGCGAGAAAAGUAAGGUGAAACUGUCUUGAUUAUUGAUCGUUAGGCCUACUUGAGGGGAUGGAAAAUGAGUUAUUAUAGAUGCUGCUGCUGCUGUUGUAGGAUCAAAUAUUAGCUAAUAACAAUAGAUACUUCUUUUCUCCUUCAAUAAUGGAAAGGUUUAGCUAAGAUUGCAGGGUUUACUACGCCAGAUGAUUAGAAAGAGAUUCAUGUUUAAUUAUCAAUUAUUUGUUUCGGUGUUUA